CAGCAAUUUAACCAAACAAGUAGUACAUAAAAAUCAUUGUUUAUUUGAAGCACCGAAUCCCUAAUUAAAUUCCCAUCGAGGAAUCCAAAGAUUCUUUUCUUCAACCAAGUUUCAAAAUUCAAGGUCUAAUCUAAUCUGUACGUUUUGCUUCCCAUCGACGUUCGACUUCCCUGUAACUCUGUAAGAUAGUAUAGGAUGGAGAAUAUGCAAUAUGCCGAGGAGCUUGUGAGGGAAUUUUUGGUCUUCAGAGGAUUUACAAAUACAUUACAAGCUUUUGAGACUGAGAGAUGUACGGAUAUUGGUAAAAUGUUUCAAGUUUAUAAGAUAGUAGACUUGAUUUUCGCCGUAUAUAUUCCUAAAUUUCAUGCCGAGAAAUUAGUUGGUUUAUUUAGUUUCUUUAAGCAAUGCUUUUCAUCGUGGUCUGAAACUACGAUGCUUGAUACGUUCUUGAAAUUGGAGGGCUCUGUUCUUCGGUGUUACAUUGUUCAUGCAUUGCAAUCCGGGAGGAAAGAUAAAGUUGUGGAGUUUUUUGGAAUGAAUGGGAAUGAUUUGCUGCUAAAGGGUUCUGAUUGGACAGCUUGGUUUGCCAUUCCUUAUGUGAAGAACCCUAGCAUCGAUCCUCAGUUUCGUGUAUAUUUCUCCAAGGAAUGGUAUGAAGCUCUCCGUCUUUCUGUGAGGAACUUUUUCAGCGAGAUCUUCAAUGGUACUCGCCUUCCUGCCCUACUGAAGAUCAGUUCAGAAAAGAAUACAAUUAGCUGUCUUAAGAAAGACAACAAGCGUCUUAAUCAAAAGUUAUUGCAACUUCAGGCCUUACUGGAGGAGAAGGAUGCACAGUUAGGUCUAUCAAAUAGGAGCAUGGGAGCAGCUAACAGUUCUUUUCAAUCAAGUGGCAUUGAUGGUGAAAAUUUACGCCCAUCUUCAAGUAGUGAGGACAUAUGUGCUCCUGCAACCUCAUAUUUGGGUAGAAUACCACAGAGUGAGGAAUGUGCUGCUGCUGAACCGACCAAAUUUGCAUCAGCUCGUGUUGAGUCCUCAUCGAGGCAAGAUUCAUACUCUGCUUCAAGUCUUCAUGCUUCAUCCGGUGGAGUCGACGAUACUGCUCAAAAGUUAUAUGGUAGCCAUUUUGAUGAGAAUGGCAGAGAAAUGCUCAGAGAAGAAGAAUUUCCUGAAGUGAGUGUAGAGUUUCAGGAGACAUUUUUGGGCCACACAAGUCCAAUUACUCGGUGCCGGUUUUCUGCAUCUGGGAACAAUAUAGCUAGUGCAUCUGUGGAUGGCACUGUCAGGAUAUGGACAUAUGACUCAUCGAUUCCAGCAUCUAGAAACGCGACCAUAUAUUGUGGAGCCGAGAUAAUGUCACUUGACUGGGAAUGCAAAUCUGACCGUUUGCUUCUCAUAGGCACUGCUGAUGGAGGCAUUAAAGCAUGGAAUGUUGAUGCGAAGAGAGUUGUCUGUGAUCUGAAUACAACUGAUGCAUUUCCAAGUGUCUUGGAUUUAAAGUGCAGCCCUGUGGAACCAAUAUUUGUUUCUGCUGCAUCUUCACGAAGGCUUGGGUCAAACUCUAUUGACUCUCUGGGGUAUGCUUCAUUGACUGUAUGGAACAUGAAAACAUGGAAAGCUAUGACAGUCCUUCCUCUUGGUGAAGAUCCGCCUGCAAUUACUUCUCUAUGCUUCAAUCAUAACGGGAAGAUUUUAGCUGCCUCUGCCACUGAUGGAAUGAUUCACAUGUUUGACAUGUCUGCUGGUCUACAAAUCACCGGGUGGCCAGCACAUGAUUCUGCAAUAAGCUCACUUCUUUUUGGGCCAGAUGAGACGAGCAUUUUUAGCUUGGGCUCAGAUGGAAAGAUAUUUGAAUGGAGCUUGCAAAACCAAGGUCGUGUCCUUUGGUCAAAAACUUCUAGCUGGUUUUCUGAACCCCAGACGUCAAAAUAUUGUAGACACGAAAUGGCAUUGGAUGCCAGCGGGAGGCAGCUGUUAGCAACAUCUGGUUCCGUAAGAGCACCCAUAUAUCAGGUACAAGGCCAUUCAAAUGGGUUCAAAACUCUUCCCCAUAGUGCAGCCAUAACAACCGUGGAUUGGCACCCAAGCUUGCCUAUUUUCUUGACCGGAUCAGCAGAUAACUCAGUUCGAGUAACUUCCAUAUUGUGAAGACACUCUACUUGUAUUAUAUAUUCCCAAUGGUUUUUCCCAAUUUCAGGUAAAUGAAACCUAAUUAUCGGCCUAUUGACAAGAUAUAAAUAUUUUUCCAUAUUUUCGUGCAUGUUUGAGGAUGCUUAUUUGUUGCCAGUGUUUGGAAGAGGUAAUAUCGUGAGUGAUGAUGUAAUUCAUUGAAUUGUUUGUACCUUUAUUUACUUGUCAUUGUCAAACUUACAGAGACAAGGCCACUUCAUGGCAGCACUGUUUUAAGGUUCUGGUUAAAUCUUAUAUGAAAAAAAUCAGUAUAAAGUAAAA